GCAAUACUGCUAAUCGCAGGCGCUUCUGCGAUGACUCACAUGGGCGCUACGCUCAUCCUGUGUUAACGUUCAUACGCGCGGCUUCGAGAUCCCAAUGGGUACUAGAAGGAUAACUAAUUGUUAGCUCUUCAUGCAGUGUUACUGACCACUAGUACGUUUGACAAUUCGUCGAAUAGCCCUCCAAAUACUUGAAUCCUGGUGUCGAGAAGAAGCGCGAGAUGACGAACAAAGAACCUCCGAAGAUCGAGGCUCAGCGUACUUUCCCUCCUCUUGACGAAAGUCUCUAUGACUUGCGGCCCCAAGACGCUGCAUUUUACAAGAAGCUGACUGGAAUUGAAGAUGACGCAGCUCUGAAGCAGCAUAUAUUGGAUGUUCAAGCGAAAGCAUACAAGGUUGCCCCUUAUGGGUGCAUCUAUCUUUUCUUCUUUACCAGGUAUUUUAUUUUCACGUUUGUGCUGAGUUUAUACACAAAUGACGAGCUCUUUAGACGCAAACUGUCGGGGCUACCUGCUUAUCAGCAAGUCUUGCGCCUCGGACGUGAAUGCAAGAACCCAAUUUUCCUUGACAUCGGCUGCUGCUUUGGCAAUGAUAUCAGGGAAGCGGUUCUCGAUGGUUUCCCUGUAGCCCGGACGAUCGGAAUGGACCUUCAUCAAGAACUCUGGAAUCUGGGGCAUGAUCUCUUCAAGUCAUCUCCCGAGACCUUUCCAGCUCACUUUGUAGGCGGUGACGCUUUCGACCCGGAAAUCCUCGCCGUAGCUCCACCUGCGUCCAUGCAGACAGCAAGAGCUCCAACUCCCGACCUCAGCAACCUCACUUCGUUAAACCCUUUACACGGAUGUGUUUCCGCAAUCCAUGCGACAGCCUUCUUCCACCUGUUUAAAGAAGAUCAGCAGCUGCAUAUGGCCCGCGCUCUUGCUGGCCUGCUCUCUGCUGAACCAGGCUCUGUCAUUCUCGGAGCGCACACGGGUGCUCAAGAGAAGGGUGUCGUGAAUCAAGUAUAUAGAGGCGUUGAAAUUGACAUGUUCGCCCACAGCGCCAAGAGCUGGACUGCCAUGUGGGAUGGCGAAGUAUUCGAGAAGGGGACCGUCAAGGUAGAAGCACAGUUCAGGGAGGUGCACGGAGUUACCAUGGGAGGUGAUGAACGCUACCCGAUGUUGUUCUGGUCUGUGACCAGACUGUGAGCAUUUUCUUGCCUGUGAAAUAGAUUUAUCGGAUGAUUCGAAAAGAUACUUGUUAAACAAUCU